AUGCAUAACAUGAAAUAUAUGGAGAAUAAGAAUAAUGUGACAGAAUUUAUCCUACUGGGGCUCAAAGAGAAUCCAAAGAUGCAGAAAGUCGUAUUUGGUAUGUUUUUUGUCAUCUACAUUGUCUCCAUGGUGGGAAAUGUGCUCAUUGUGGUCACCAUCACUGCCAGUCCAUUAUUGGAGUCACCCAUGUACUUUUUCUUGGCCUAUCUCUCCUUUAUUGAUGCCUGCUAUUCCUCUGUCAAUACCCCUAAACUGAUUGUAGAUUCACUUCAUGAAAAGAAGACCAUCCUAUUCAAUGGAUGCAUGACCCAAAUAUUUGGGGAACAUUUCUUUGGAGGGGCUGAGGUCAUCCUGCUCACUGUGAUGGCCUAUGACUGCUAUGUGGCCAUCUGCAAGCCCUUGCACUAUACAAGCAUCAUGAAUCGUCGAGUGUGCCGCCUGUUAAUGGGAGUCGCAUGGGUGGGAGGCUUUCUUCAUGGAUUCAUACAGAUCUUCUUCAUCAUCAGGUUACCCUUCUGUGGACCUAAUGUCAUAGAUCACUUUAUGUGUGAUCUGAACCCUUUGCUUGAUCUUGCCUGCUCUGAUACCCACACUCUAGGGCUCUUUGUUGCUGCCAACAGUGGUUUCAUCUGUCUGUUAAACUUUCUACUCUUGAUUGGCUCCUAUGUGGUCAUUUUGUGCUCCUUAAGGACUCAGAGCUUGGAGGCAAGGCAAAAAGCCCUCUCCACCUGUGUCUCCCAUAUCACAGUGGUGGUCCUAUUCUUUGUGCCUUGCAUAUUUGUGUACAUGAGACCAGCAGCUACUUUACCUAUUGAUAAAGCAGUUGCUGUAUUCUACACAAUGAUAGCUCCCAUGUUAAAUCCCUUAAUCUAUACCUUGAGAAAUGUCCAGAUGAAACAUGCUAUUAGAAAACUGUGUAGUAGGAAAGCUAUUUCAGGUGAUAAUUAA